GGAAAACAUAUAACACCUUUUCCGUAUUUUGUGGACAAAUGCUUAGGCUGGCGCUUAUUCAGAGGUGAAGAUAAUGCGAGUACCGAUCGCUGGCGGUGUGACAAGAAUGACGAAGAUAGGUAACUUUGAUAAACUAGAAAAGAUCGGCGAAGGUACCUACGGUGUUGUGUUCAAGGCGACCGAUAUCUUGACGCAAAAAUGUGUGGCUCUGAAGCGAAUUCGGCUGGACAGCGAAACGGAAGGUGUACCUUCAACGGCCAUGCGAGAGAUAUCGCUGCUGAAAAGCUUGAAACAUCAUUCAAUAGUGGAGCUCUUCGACGUUAUCAUUAUCGACACCAGCAUCUACAUGAUCUUCGAAUAUCUCGAUAUGGAUCUGAAGAAGAUGCUGGAUAGACACAAGGCUAGCUUCAGUCCGGCGCUGGUCAAGAGCUACAUGCAUCAGAUGCUGGACGCAAUCGCACACUGCCAUCUGCACCGCAUCCUGCAUCGCGAUUUGAAACCACAGAAUCUCCUCGUGGAUCGCAAGGGCCACCUGAAGCUGGCUGAUUUCGGGCUGGCUCGCGCCGUUAAUCUGCCCAUUCGUGUGUUUACCCACGAGGUGGUAACGUUGUGGUACCGUGCGCCCGAGAUUCUGCUCGGUACCAAGUUCUAUUGCGUUGGUGUGGACACCUGGAGCUUGGGAUGCAUCUUUGCAGAAAUGCUGAUGAAACGGCCACUGUUUCCGGGUGACAGUGAAAUCGACCAGCUGUACAAAAUCUUCCGCCAGCUUGGCACACCGACCGAGCAGACCUGGCCAGGGGUGUCCCAUUUAGCCGAUUACAAGAAAUCGUUUCCGCAGUGGCAAGCCGGUACAUUACCGCUUGAGCUUAGAACCGAACGAGAUGCGCAGGCACUUUUUAGCGAGCUGAUGCGAUACGACCCGACAGCACGGCUGUCGCCUAAGGAUGCCAUGAGUCAUGCUUACUUCGAUGAUGUACAACUGGUUCCGCCGGAAUUCUAGCCGCCAUCAUAUCAACAUUUUCGAUCUCACUGCCGUAUAUUCGAAAGAUUUCAAUCGAAACUACCAUCAAGCUCAAUAAAACGUUUGCUUUUCUAUGCCAAA